AAUACUGUUUGUAUUAAUUCUUUUGGUUUUGUGAUAAUUUUUUGUGUGUGUCAAACCUACAUAUUUUACAUUUGACAGAUGCUGUCAUUUUAAUUUAUUACCUAGGUCUCACUUUAUUUUGAUUUUAAAUAUAACAUUCCAAUGUAUAAUUUUUUACAUACAUAAUAAAAUAAUAAUUGUAUAAAAAAUGGCUCUCAAUGAAUCAGCAUCGACAAGUAAUCCAAUAAAUGACGUAACAACACCUGCUCCAGCCACUGUAAAUCCUGAAGAUGUUAAUUUUCGUAACAAUUACGAAAGUGGCUUAUCUUUAAAUAAUGCAAUACCGCAAUCAAGUACUGCAAUAAGUGGAAUACGUAUGGAACCAUCUUCAACAUUUCAACGUCGUACCACAGAAGGUUCACGAUUUCUUCGUAAUAGUUUACAGCUAGUUAUGGAAGAAAUACGACCUUUUAUGGAACAAGCACGAACACAACGUAACCGACAAUUACAAUCGCAAAUAUCUCAACCGGUAACGGCUGUUGAACAACAGAAUAUCGUUUCAACCGGGGGACCGAUAACUGCAGCUGGUAAUAGUAAUGUCAAUGGUCCAACUACAUCCACAAAUACAGAAUUUGGAUACAAUAAUGAUUAUGUAAUUAAUGUAGACGGUACUCAAUCUCCAGAAAAUAAUAGUAUUACAUCACAAGAUGUAAAUGUAAAUAUUUCACGUCAAAACUCAGUACCUGAUCAUUUAAUGACACCUCCGUCUCCCAACAAUAAUAAUAACAAUAAUAAUAAUAAUACGAAUGAAGAUACCUCAGAUCCAUUGAGACAUGUGCCUGAAGCUUUAGAAACAUUUACAAAUUCUUAUGUUCCACUUAUAAUGUUAUUAUCAGCUAAAGCGAUUUAUGAUCAUAGAGAAGGAAUAUUAAAUUUAAUUGCAUUAUUUAUCACAUUUAGUCAUUCGAAUUCAAUUGUUAAGCAAGAGGUUAUGAAACAAGGACGCCGAAGCAUUACGGCCCUAUUAAUUGUGUUGUUAUAUAUAAUUGGAUGUAUUUUAUUCAUUGAUUAUAUUUUAAAUGAUGAGAAAUUAUCAGCUAAUUUAGUAUUUGCACCAGUUUAUAAACCGGAAUCUGUAUGGGAUUUACUUUGUGCUGUUUCGAUUUCUGAUUAUAUGUUGAAGUUAAUUACAGUUAUGCUGAAAAUAUUUUUUAUUUUGGUACCAGGCUUUGUAAUGCCAUUCCAAAGAAGGGGCAAAGUGUACCUAUUUCUAGAAGCUCUUUCACAAUUUUAUAGAAGUUUACUACCAAUUCAAUUAUGGAUAUGGUUUUUAUUAGAUUCGUAUCAAGGUGCAGAACGUGUAAUGGGUGUUUUAUUAGCAGCUGCAUAUAUGCUUGCUAAAGGAGCUGAUUUAGCUCAUAGACUUAAACUUAUUAAAACUGCUUGCCACAAAUUAUUCCAAAAUGUUAGUUUCGGAUCAGCUGCCACAAAAGAACAAUUACGCUUAGCUGGUGAACAAUGUCCAAUAUGUCAUGAUAUAUUUAGUGGACCAGUUGCCUUACAACCAUGUAAACAUGUUUUUUGUGAGACAUGCGUUUGUGCAUGGUUAGAUCGUGAACCAACUUGUCCCUUAUGUCGAGCUCAAAUAACUGACGAUCCUGCCUGGAGAGAUGGAUCUACUACACAUUGCAUUCAAUUAUAUUGAAUUAAAUUAUUGUUUUUAGAUUUAAUUCAAAUUAAUUAUGGAUUCAAUAUGGCUACAUGUGAUUAAGUAUAGUUUAAUACAAAUUUACACGUAAUUGUAGUAUAACAAGUAGAAUACUAAGAGCUAGAUUCGCUAAAUUUUUAUUUCAUUAGUAAAUUGAGUGCCCCACAACUGUUGAAUUCUGAGAUCAAAGUGAUAUAGAGGAUACAAUUCUAACAUGUCGAUACAAAUAGUCGAGAAAUUAUAAAAAUUACAAACGAUUAUUGACGGAUCUCUGUCUCAUUAAUUGUACAUCGUUUCCAAAAACUGUAAAGGGACUUUCUUCUUUUGUAUCACUGUGCUGUUCUA